AUGACCUACAGAUACUUGUGUCUCCUAGUUUCUAGCAGUUGCAGAAAUUACCAGGGAGAAGUUAAGGAGGCACGAAAGUUGCUUACUUGUCUGAAAAGCCCCCUGGGUCACCAUUCUGAUACCAGCCGCUUUCGUCAAAUGUUAUGUCCAGAUCCCUCCUGUGAGGUGUGUAACAGAGCAACUGCUGAGGUCAGUCGGCUAUUGUUUGGGGAGCCCAUGGAAGAUGCUGCUGUUCCUUGUGCGUCCUCUAUGGCUUCCACCACAUCUACCAGUGAAUCAUCUUACAUGCUGGCCUCCUCAGAAGAGCCUCUAGAGAACCCAAUACCUGUCUCUCUGCCUGAGUCCGCUGUCUCUCUCCCCUCGACAACCCCUUUAGUUGAUAUGAAGUCAUCUUCACCAUCAUGUGACUCUCUGCCACCAGAACCGAUAGAUUCCACUUUCUCAAGGGAACAUUUUCCAUCCCAACCACCCAUCAGCCUCCCAUUUCAACUACAUCAAACUCAGAAAGUGGAUCAUGUUCUACAAGCAGAUUCUGAUUUGUCUCUGAACACCAUCUUCUCACUUGAUGAUGCUUUGCCUCAAGGUAUGAACCCUUCACCGGAUUUGUCCUGUGACAAAUUCAGGUAUCAUUGCACACCAUCAACCCCGACAACCUCACCACCACCAGAAUGCACUUUAACUGUCACGCAAUCUACAUUAACAUCUAACUCACAGAAACAUGUCCCUGAGAACUUAACUGCAACAAGCACUGGUGGGCUUGCCCCGUGUUUACCAAGAGUCAGAGGCACAAAUCUUUCUCUCGUGUCUAGUCCAGAAUUCUGGUGCCCAACUGAUACCAAGAACUUGAUUCCCUCCACACUGACAAAACAGGACUCCAAACCAGAACUUAGUACCCUCUAUACAUCAGCAGUCUCGUUUGGGGCAAACAUUGGAACCCACUCUGUAGAGGCCGGUGACUUCUCUUUUCUGAGUCCUGAGGUUCUGGAUCUUUUGGAGAGACAAGUAAAAAAGAGAAGCAAUUUUCUGAGUAGAGCAGAGAAACUUCAAAUUCAUCAAGAAUUAUAUCCUAACCAUGUACAUCAGAAAUACAUUCAGCUCUUUUGGGGUCUCCCUUCUCUGCACAGUGAGUCCUUGGUGUCUUCUAUUCUGGUCUCAUCUGGCUGUUCCUCUGCUUUUGUCUAUUUCAACCAAAAUCCAGUUGAAACUGAAGAUACAGUUUUCCCAUUACUUUCCCAUCCACUACCUCUUUCCUUCCCUGAGACUCAGCCUCAUAUCUUGCCUCAAACCUCACCCCAAUCCCAGCAUUUACCUCCCACUCCAGUCCAGAUCCAGGCUCACUUUCAACCCCAACACCCACCACCUCCAGGCCUGAUUAGGAAUUCUGGAGUGUCUUUAGACAGACCCCAGAAUGAAGCACAGUCUUGUAGUGAAGAACAAAUUCACGACCUGGAGUGGCAUGUGCUGAAGAAACAACUGGAAGGCUUGUGGGGUGUGCCUAUGGUUGUUAAAAAUGCUCAGGAAGUUUUUUGUCCUCCAGCUCCUAACUUUCAUCAGCACCACAGGCCCUACAAGGCACCGCCUUUAAUAUCUGUACUUCCUGGUGAAUUUCCUCUUGAUAGUAAAGUGCAAACACUUUUAGAAAGGCACCUCAGAAAACGGCUCAUCCAGCAACGGUGGGGCCUGCCUCGUAGGAUCCUUGAGUCACUUGCACUAAUGAAAGCACCGGAAGAAUAUCCGGAGGUAUCUAACACAAAGAACACCUAUGGGCUCUCAUGGAUCCACAAAUUUAAAACGUGGGAUAACAGGGAAGUAAAUGAUGGCGUGAGAGAUUUUUAUGGGAGAAGCCUAGAAAACCUUCACGUCAGGAAGGACAAGAAGAAAAGCCAGAGCCAUAACUCUGAGGAUGGAACACAUCUCAGAACUACAGUGUCCAAUAAACACGGACCAGAGCUGCCCACAAUUCAAACCAUGAUGGAAAGUAAGCAUAAAGACAAGAGAACUUCCACGGAUACAAGGCAAAUACAUCAUGGCAACGUCAUAUCCCAGAAGAAUUUAAAACAUUCUCCCAUGCCCAGCAGAUCCUGGGAUAUAAUCAAGACCAAGAACUCGCAGCCCAGUCACACUAUAAGAACCACAGAGCAGGGACAUUCAUAUACCCAAAUAAAAAAUAUGAGUUCAGGUAAACCAGAAACUAACGUAACUAAAACUUCCCGAACACCAAGAACAUCAGUUCAACAUAACGUGGCUCCCACUGGCUCACUAUGGAAUGACACGACCUCACAUUCCCAGAAUGUCCCCAAUAGGUACAUGGGAUCUCCUCAGGUGCUAUAUGCCCACAUGGAGGGCAGUGGGGUCAGUAUGGUGCAGCAGGAGCUCUGGGUUCCGAAGGUCACCUUAGGGAUGUGCCAUGAUAAGAACUUACCAAAGGCUGCACAGACAAUGAACCCCCAGAAACAGAGAGGAAUGAUCCAGGAAGGCUCCUCCAUACUCACAGCAUUCAAAAGGAUCUACUUCUGUGGGAUCUACGUGGUGCACAGUAAAAUCAGGAAUGAGGAUGGAGGUUUCCCCACACUGGCUGCCUUCAGAACGUUCACAGAAGUUGUCGACUGGUCCAGUUCUCAAAUGUCUCCUGUGGUUGUCAAGGAUCCCAGCAAAUCCCACUCUUCGUGGGUGAAGACCACAGCCACAUCAUCAAUGAUCACUGUUCUCAUUCCCGCGCUCCACCUUCGGGAAGUCUAA